AGAUUGUUGAAUUUAAUGCUGCACUCGCCAUCUCGUUCGAGAUCCCCAACACCGAGCGUGCUCAGGCGAGGUGGUGGAACUUCUACUCCGCCUUUGUCGAGUCGGAGUCGAGGGUCUCCGUUGGUAGUGAUGAUCAGACCUCAGCAGUCGAAAGGGCAGGCGGCUCGUCGGAGGGAUAUACCAUUACUAACGAACGACUUCCUUAUCAACGUUGGCACGGCGGCUCGGGUGGAUAGCCUUGCUGGAUGGAACCUCGUGUUUGAGGAAGGCGUUAGCCUAUCCCACACCAAGCGGCUCCGGAUGGCCACGCGAAUAUUCGGUCCUCCGCUUGGGGAGGCACUGGGAGCUGCUGGCGAUAAGGUACCCAUUUGUAGGUGGCUUAUCGACUUGAGUAGCAACUCCGUCUUCACUACGCCUGCUGUUACCUCUCCUACUGUUGAUGAGCAAUCACAAGGGGAAGGUCUCCUCCGGAUAGAGUCCAGGCCACCGCUGCAUGUGACCUCAAACCUUAGUAGAGUCGUGGAACUCUUUCUAGGGCAAACACUAUUGCGGUCAAACCCACCGUUGACAGCUACUCCGAGGCUAUCUAAUGCCAGCCGCUCGGGGCUGUUGUUCGUCCCUGUGGAGUCGACAUCUGCACACUGGGGAGGGGGUGCGGGGUGUAGUGUCACUCAGAGCUCCUCGUCAUUCAUUGACGUGCCGGGGGUUAGGGCACAGCAGAGGGUUGUGGAAGGCACGGCGGAGGGAGGGGCUGCCAAGUUGACGGUUACAUUGAGGAAUGCACGGAUGCAGCUCAGUUCCUCUUGUCCUCUAUUGGACUUCAUUCGGACGGUUGUUGAGCUCCGUCGGGCCCAGCGAGGCUUCCCAUCUGAUGCACCUGGGGGAGAGUGGUUGCCUUGUGGAGAGGAAAUCGCCGAUUUCAACCGGUUUCUAGAUACGGAGGUGAGAGUCGUUCAUGGGAAGGAGAGGGCCUCUGACCGACGACGCCCAAGAGGGUUGGUCGUCAGCUGUGACCACACUGGGAAGAAGAUGUACUACACAAUCCUGCGGAUACGACGAUGCUCUGAGGAGCUAACGAUCGAUGGACGAGAGAUGCCCUUAAGGGAGUACUACGAGACGUAUCGCAUGGAGGGAAAGAAGGAUUGGACAUGCGUAUUAAAGCAACAGGAGGGGGAGGGAUUGAUAGUAGCGGAGGACUGGAAAGGGAGGGUUAUUCCUAUUGAGUUAUGCCAAGUAGAGGCCAAGCAACUGCUCAGUAUGAAGCCCUUGACAGUGUUGACGUCGGAGCCCCCGAAAACCUCUUUGUCAUCUGUGUGGUUAUUGAGAGAGCGUCUGGCCUCGUCUCUGCCGUUGCUACCACGCGGUAAGCAACAACGGGCAAGUCCGUCCAAUGCGGCCUCUCAGAAUGCCGCGCUGGAACCCGAUCUCGAGGUCGAUGUACAGCGCCGGCCUCUUGCAGUUAAGGGGAGGCUCUUGCCUGAGGUGACUCUAGAAUUCAGAGAUAAACAGAAACCGAUGCCAUGCUCCCAAGGGUCCUGGGUCAUCACUGGGCAAGAAUUCAAGCAGUGUGCGAAGUAUAGAAUACCAUAUGGGGUUUUGGAAGUCGGGGAGUGCGGGGGCGUGGCUCCCUUCUGUGAAGCUCUUCGUGCUGUUGCUGACGGGCACGGGUUGAAGUUCCAGGAUGAACCGAAAGUUCAAUUGAAGCUGGAUCAUCCAGGGUUCACUGAGGAAGGAGAUGUGAAUCGAUUAAGGGAGUGGUGUAGAGGUCAGCUCGCCGAUUCGAGUCCAGCGAUCCUAUUGAUCUUCCUUCCUAAGAAGAGUAGACGGCCGUACUGCAUAGUGAAGGAUUUGGUCGACCGUAUUGCUGGUAUUCCGAGCCAGGUUAUAGUGUCACCAUCGUCUAAGAGGACCAUCAAUCAGUGGCAAAGUAUUAUGUGUGAGCUGUGCUGUAAGGUGUGCUUGAAGGAGCCCCAAGCUGAGAGCCCUGAUGAAGAUAUGGAUGGAGAUGAACCGUCCCUGCCCCCGCCGAGCCCUGGAGUUCUACCCAAGAGUCCUCCUAGAGCCCCUCUUCAUGGUGGCGUUGUUGCAGGGGUACCCAGAAUGACACAGCAGACCAGUCUAUUCGCGAUGCCUAAUGGUCGUGGUGGGGGAGGUGAGGACCGAUCGUUGGUACCUAGAGGGUGUAUGGUUAUGGCAUUCACGCUUGAGCGGAGCGAAGCAGUUGGAGGCUUUUGGAUUGCCUCUGCUGUUGGCAGUGUAGACAAUGAUGUUAACCUCUAUGCUACAGCCUCGUCCGUUCAAGACACCGGAACGCGGAUCCUGGAUAUCGAAACUCUCACUUUUCGUCUCCUCGAACGGUUCUACAUAAUCAACUCACGCUUGCCUCAGCGGAUCAUCGCCUUCCGAAAUGCAUUCCCUAGUGGACGGUUUUUAACGCUCCAAACGGCGGAGUUUCGAGACAUAGCGAACGCUAUCAGCGAUCGAGUGACGCAAGCUAUUCUGCUGAAGUCGGGCGCGUUCGGAAGGUGCUCCGAGAAAAUGCGCGAUCGUUUGGCGAGGGAGAAAUACUGCCCGAGUUUCACACUUAUGUCGGUGUCUCAUGGGUCAUCGCAAAGUCUCACGCUUUGGUGCGAGAAGCCGCAGGACUGCGACAGGAAGACCGGGAACGUGCCUGCAGGGAUGAUCGUUGAUGGAACGGUUACGCAACCCAACAUCCUCAACUUCUAUCUGGUCUCUCAACAGUGUCACACCGGGACUGCAAGACCGACCCACUACAUGUGUUUGCACGAUGAUAACUACUCCGAUCCGAGCUUACGAGCUGAGGAGCUGCAGCAGAUAGUGUGGAGUUUGUGCCAUCUCAGUGCUAGGUGUACUCGAACGACCAGCAGACCAGCUCCACUGGUCUAUGCUGAGGCGUUGGCCAAGCGAGUUGAUUGUUACCUUGAGGCAAAUAACGAUGAAGCUCGAACGGUUGCAGCGGCAAAUGCUCUCUUGCUGGAGGACGGAUUGACUGAUAAGUUACAAGGCCUGAAUUUCUUCUUAUGAAGCUGCUUCA